CACACAAGUAGGUAGUAGACGGUACUUGAUUACAUUAAGAAGUGUUGUCCAUAAUCUUAUGCUGCAAGCUUCUUUCUAAGCAUCAUCUUUUUUUAAUCCAAAAGUAUAGGUAUGGCAAGAUUUUUCCAUCAGGCGGCACCGCUAUUUCCGCUAUCGCCCUGUCUUCACCAAAAUUCUCCGUGAAUGUCAUCCAAUUAUUUAACUCUCAUUGUUUCAUAGCGAUUGUCUGCUAAUGUCAUAAAAUAAUAUCUUGUAUUUUUCUUUGCAUUUUUAAAUAAGUAGUUGUUGAAUCUGAAAGACAUUUUAAAAUGAGCGAAGGUAGCAACGAAGGUUUUAUCCCGCCACCGAAGAGUCUGGAUACAAAAUGCAUGCACCAUUGUCAAGAUCCCUCAACGUGGAAAUCAAAAUCCGUUAUACCUCACAUUGUACUAUCUUCGGUCUUCCAAAUAGAAGAUGCACGAAAUAUGAAAGGGAAAUACUUGUAUGGUAGAAUAGCAAACCCGUCACGUGUUAUCCUUGAGCGUGUGUUUGGAGCAAUAAAUAAGGCAAAGUUUGGACUUGCCUUCUCAUCAGGAGUAAGCGCUCUGACGUCCGUAUUUGGAAUUUUGAAAACUGGACAGCACAUUAUAGCACAUGAGGAGAUGUCUACCGAACACUAUAAGGUAUUCAAUGAAGUAGCCAGUGGUUUCGGAAUACAAACCACAUACGUCGAUUUCUCUGAUACCACGAACAUUACUGAAGCCAUAAGGGAUAACACAAAGUUGUUAUGGCUUGAACACCCAACGUACCCAACACUAAAAGUCUUUGACCUGUGCAACUUAGUUACAUACGCCAAACAGCGUGGGCUAUAUGUGGGAGUUGACAAUACGUACCUGACACCUUACCUACAAAGACCCUUGGAGCUACAUGCGGAUAUUGUAAUGCAGUCUUGUACUAAAUACAUGAAUGGCCAUUCUGAUAUGAGCCAUGGGGCUCUGUGUACGAAUGAUAAGCAAUUGCUGAAAGGGAUGCAAAAAAUACAAAGAAUGUAUGGAUUGAUCCCCUCACCAUUUGACUGCUAUCAAGUCUUGAGAGGACUAAAAACUCUGCAAUUGAGGAUGGAAGAACAUACCAAAAAUGGUUUACUUGUAGCAAAUUUCCUUCAGAGGCAUCCUUCUGUCAAAAAAGUCCUACAUCCAGCUUUCAAAGAUCACACCAAUCAUGAUAUAUUUAAAAAACAAAGCAGUGGUCAUAGUGGCAUAAUUUCAUUUUAUAUCAAAGGUGGUAAAGCUGAAGCAACGCGAUUCAUUGAAAGUUUGAAUAUAUUUACUGUGACAGAUGUUUUUGGAGGGAACGAAAGUACUGCUCAAAUACCGGCAAUUAUGUCUCAUGAAGGCCUACCGAGAGUAUUGAAAGAAAAAUUGAAAAUCGCCGAUAAUUUGAUAACAGUAUCUGUCGGACUAGAGGAAGUCUGCGAUAUAAUAUGUGAUUUGGAACAAGCACUUGAUAAAAUUAAGUCCAAUGCAAACUGCUGAGAAUUCUGAAACUCUGAUCGAUGUUAUACGCAACAAUGGACAAUAAUGAAGAGAUGGUGUGAUAGCAACUUCAUAUUAGUUUAUGAAAGAAGUUUGUAGUGAUCACAUUAGUUUAUUACAGUUUUGGAAUAAACGAGUGGACAAGAUAAAAUACAUUUAUUUGUGAAGUAGUACAAUAAAUUAAUAAAUACAUAUAAUAUAGUAAAAAUUUAACGAUAUUUUGAAUAUCUCCAAUAAACGUUAAGCA